GAUUGAAUGUGUAUCCAAGCUCGAAGCAGGAGAUAAGAAAAAGGGGCUAUGCCGAAGUGUCUUUGGGUUCAGAACUUCAGAAAAUGGGAUUUAUGCUCUCACUGAACUUCCUUCUCUUCCAUUUCUUCUACCUGUUGCUAUAAGUUACUGCCGAGGUUCGCCGGAGGCGUUGCUUCGGUCUGGUUUCUCAUCGGCGGUUGUACAGAGAGAGUGUGCGCGUGUGUUUUUGUAACUGUUGAGGUUUUUUUUUUUGUUCUACGGAUCUUAAAUGGAGGAUCGGGAGGAGGAAGAGAGGGCGGAAGAAGAGGUGCAAGGUUCGAGUCUGACGAUGGAGAAAGUGGCGGCGGCUAAGAAGUUUAUAGAGAAUCAUUACAGAGCUCAGAUGAAGAACAUUCAAGAGCGGAAGGAGAGACGAUGGAUGUUGGAAAGAAAGUUAGCCUCCUCGGAUGUGCCUAAGGAAGAACAAAUCAAUCUUAUCAAAGAUUUAGAGCGGAAAGAAACUGAGUUUAUGCGACUCAAAAGGCACAAGAUUUGUGUUGAUGAUUUUGAGCUUUUAACCAUCAUUGGCAGGGGGGCUUUUGGUGAGGUUCGAUUAUGUCGUGAGAAGAAAUCUGGUGACAUAUAUGCCAUGAAAAAAUUGAAGAAAUCUGAAAUGCUGAUGAGAGGACAGGUGGAACAUGUUAGAGCAGAAAGGAAUUUAUUAGCAGAAGUUGCCAGCCACUGCAUAGUGAAGCUUUAUUACUCAUUCCAGGAUGCUGAGUACUUGUACUUGAUCAUGGAAUAUCUUCCAGGUGGAGAUAUGAUGACUCUGCUUAUGAGAGAGGACACAUUGACUGAAAAUGUGGCUAAAUUUUACAUUGCACAGAGUGUUCUUGCAAUAGAAUCUAUCCACAGGCACAACUAUAUCCACAGGGACAUUAAACCUGACAAUCUUCUUCUGGACAAAAAUGGUCACAUGAAGCUUUCUGAUUUUGGUCUCUGUAAGCCACUGGAUUCUUUAACCUUAUCAGCACUACAUGAAAAUAAAGCCAUGGAUGAUGAAAGUUUGGCAGAACCAAUGGACAUUGAUGAUAAUAGGAGUAGUUGGAAGAGUCCCAGCGAACAGCUAUACCACUGGCAAAUGAACCGGAGGAAAUUGGCAUUUUCAACAGUUGGAACACCUGAUUACAUAGCUCCAGAAGUAUUACUCAAAAAAGGAUAUGGGAUGGAGUGCGACUGGUGGUCUCUCGGUGCAAUUAUGUAUGAGAUGCUCGUUGGCUAUCCUCCAUUUUACUCCGAUGAUCCAAUCACCACCUGCAGAAAGAUUGUUCACUGGAAAAAUCAACUGAAGUUUCCAGAGGAUGCUAAGUUGUCAAUUGAAGCAAAGGAUCUCAUCUGUAGGUUGCUUUGCGACGUUGAGCAUAGACUUGGUACUGGAGGUGCAUACCAAAUUAAAGCUCAUCCGUGGUUCAAAGAUGUCAUCUGGGAUAGACUUUAUGAAAUGGAGGCAGCAUUUAAGCCUGAAGUUAAUGGAGAGCUCGAUACCCAGAACUUUAUGAAGUUUGAUGAAUUGGAUCCACCUAUACCAGGAAAACGUGGCUCCGGACCCUCAAGGAAGAUGCUAUUGACUCCCAAAGAUCUCAGCUUUGUUGGGUAUACGUACAAGAACUUCGAUGCUGUCAAAGGGCUUCAUGGAUCACUCGAUUCUCAGAGAUUGUCAAUGAAACAGCCUCCGACUGAUAUAUUAAAUGGCACUGGGGGAGACUAUGCAGCCGAACUAAUAGCCAGUGAGGCCGAAAUGCAGAUGCUAGCAGUAUCAGGAGACCCCAUGUUGCCAUAACAGAUGGUAAAAUCAAGGGCGAGCUGAUCUGCAUAUCUUUUUUCAUUUGCCCGCUAAUUAGGGUAUCAUCGCGUCUCUGAAGUCUGCAUUUAUUGUGUAUGCUGCCAUUCAGUUACAGUUUACAAUACAAAAUGGAUAUAUAAAGCAAACAACAAUGCCUGAAGAGUUUCUAAUCAAUGAGAGACCAGCUAAGUAUCAGCACUUGGUGAAAGGUAAGUAGGGUUUUGUGCAUUAUAUUAUAAAUGUAACUUAGAGCAGAGUCAUGAAACUUUGUCCUAGCUGCCCAGGUUUGCAAUGUUGGAACCUUGCUUUCUCUUGUGGCAGUAGUUCUCUUUGGUCAAAGUUUCUUUUUCUUAUCAAUGGCUAGUUAUAUCAACGAACUGGAUAUAAGCCAUUUCAAAACUAUUGUCAUUGUGAUCGUGUGUGAUGAGGUUAUGUGGAAACAAACAUAUAUUUUAGUUGUGAAAAAUUGUAUGUUUUUAUAUUAUAUUUUUGGCGGGCAGGUCGAGUCGAGGAUAGACGAGGCCCAUUUUCUACAUCAUUUUUUUUUCUGUGUUCCUUUUUCUUUUGGAAGAACAUGAAAUUUUCCAUGCUUUCUUUUGUCCA